GUUUUCAGGGCCGCAUUGUGCGGAUGCUGCUGUCCGUGGUGCUGAUACCCUCUCCGUUCCACUUGGGGGCGGAUGAGGGCUCUUCUGACGCGGUGUUGCUGGGGAGAGCAGCCUCAUUAGACACUGAUGGGCGGUCUAUUUUAGGUGAAAAAGCUCAAGACAGAUGAGGCUAAAGAGACUUUAGAGAGGAUUCCCCAAAUCUGACACCGACUAUAGAUGAAGACAUUUAACGACAAAGCGAUGCCUGUGUAAAAUAAAGGGAAGGAGUCGUUGAUAUUUGUUUGUCUCGCUUUAACCCGCAGAAGAAAGGGGGAUGUUUCUGCCGUCGCUCUCCCAAACACCACGAAGACAACAACAAAGGGAAUUCAUUAAUCAGUUCAUUUCUUGAGGCGAAACCCUCCUGUCUAUUUCGGAACACGGACAUUAUUGCGAAUUCUGUCAAGGUGCUUUGGAGAUUGAUUAUAUUGAAAAGAGUCCUUUUGAAAAAACUGGACAGUUACAUCAGCAGAAACAGUCACAAACAAAACUGUAGCUCUCUGCUACUGACAUCAUCAAAAGACAUCAUUACAAUCAAACCAGCCCGGCUGUAUACGGGCGAUGCUCGUUGAUGCUUCUCUCUCUCACCAUUUCUCUGUAUAAACUCUGCAGAUCUUUCUCCAUGUUUAGCUCCGAAAGGCUCUCAGUUCCCGAAUAUGUUUCCCGGCUACAGAACCGGAGAUCCGUCCCGGACCCCAUAGCAGUAUCUCCGGGUCUGAGCACCGAUGUCCGGGCGGCUUUGGAUGCAGCCCUGCCGUCGCUCCGCGCCGCUAUCCGGACUCUGAAAGAGGCCGAAGAAACAUCGAAUUUAGAGGAGACUCGGAAGGGAAUCGCGCAGGCAUUCCAGCUGGUCCAGGAAGCCUGGGUGCUGCCCACGGUCGGAAGGCAGGUCGCCGAGGAGAUCUGCAACACAAUCCGGCUGGAAGGGGCCCUCGACCUGCUUCUCAAGCUGCUGCAGUCCCCCGAAGUGGAAAUCAAGUAUGAGUCCACCAAGUUACUGGAGCAAAUACUGACAUCUGAAAACAGGGACCGGGUGGCGCGGAUGGGUCUGGGGGUGAUUCUGAACCUGGCCCGCGAGCGAGAUGAUGCCCAGCUGGCCCGCAGCGUCUCUGGGAUCCUGGAGCACAUGUUCAAGCACACGGAGGAGACCUGCUCCCAGCUCAUCAGCAACGGAGCGCUGGACUCGGUGCUGUACUGGUGCCGGGGCACCGACCCCACUGUGCUCCGCCACUGCGCCGUGGCUCUGGCCAACUGCGCCAUGCACGGGGGCCACGCCUGCCAGCGGCGGAUGAUCGAGAAGCAGGCAGCCGAGUGGCUGUUCCCGCUGGCCUUCUCCAAGGAGGACGAGCUGAUCCGCUUCCACGCCUGCCUGGCGGUGGCUGUGCUCGCGGCUAACAGGGAGGUGGAGGGGGAGGUGGUGCGCUCCGGCACCCUGGAGCUCGUGGAGCCCUUCAUCGCCUCGCUGGACCCGGACGAGUUCGCGCGCAGCCUCCUCGACAGCUCCGACAACACCCAGGGACGCACAGCCACCGACCUGCAGCACCUGCUGCCCCUGCUGGACGGGGCCCGUCUGGAGGGGAAGUGCAUCGCUGCCUUCUACCUGUGCGUGGAGACCAGCAUCAAAUCCAGGCAGAACAACACCAAGAUAUUCCAAGAGAUCGGCGCAGUGCAGAGCCUGAAGAGGAUAGUCAGCUACUCCAGCAAUGGAACCACCUCGUCUCUCGCCAAGCGGGCGCUGAGAAUGAUGGGAGAGGACAUCCCACGGCGCAUCUCUCCUGCCGUGCCUAACUGGAAAUCAGGAGAGGUGCAGACCUGGCUGCAGCAGAUCGGCUUUACUGCCUACACCGAGCGCUUCCAGGAGCUGCAGGUGGAUGGAGACCUGCUUCUGAACAUCACUGACCUGGAGCUGCGCAUCGACCUGGGCAUGACGGCCGGCCUCACCAGGAAGAGGUUCUUCAGGGAGCUCCGAGAGCUGAAGACCUACGCCAACUACUCGACCUGCGACCCCAGCAACCUGGCGGACUGGCUGGGGGGGUUGGACCCGCGCUUCCGGCAGUACACCUACAACCUGCUGCAGGGCGGCCUGGAGAGGAGCUCCCUGCCCCGGGUCACAGAGCAGCAGCUCCAGGUAGACUGCCGCGUGGAGAACGGACUUCACCGCGCCAAGAUCUUGGCGGCAGCAAAAGAGAUGCUCCAAGCCCCCCUGCCCUGCAGUGCCUGUGAGCUGCAGCCAGAGGGCCCCGAUGUGUUCAUCAGCUAUCGGAGGACAACCGGCUCCCAGCUCGCCAGCCUGCUAAAGGUGCAUCUCCAGGUUCGUGGGUUCAGCGUGUUCAUCGACGUGGAGAAGCUGGAGGCCGGCAAGUUUGAGGACAAGCUGAUCCAGAGCGUGCAGCGAGCGCGCAACUUCAUCCUGGUGAUGUCGGCCGGGGCGCUUGACAAGUGCAUGGGGGACAGCGACAUGAAGGACUGGGUCCACAAGGAGAUCGUCACGGCCCUGAACGGAGGGAAGAACAUUGUCCCCGUGACCGACCACUUCCUGUGGCCCGAGCCCAGCAGCCUGCCCGAGGACAUGAGGUCCGUCCUCAACUUCAACGGAGUCAAGUGGUCCCAUGAGUACCAGGAGGCCACUAUUGAGAAGAUCAUUCGGUUCCUGCAAGGACGGACCUGCAGAGAUCUCUCCAGCUCUCCUGACAGUCUCUAGGGCCCCCCCUAGGGCAGCUCUAAUGUGGGGUGAUGGGCAUCUAAGACCUGUGUCAAGUGUACCCCCAAUCUUUCGCCCCUAUGCCUUGUAUACCCACGUCAAGCUUACUCUGGACCUCAAACCCGUAUAUAAUGCAGUCCCUCCUCCCUGCCUUCUUUACAUCUGCGUGGAAGUGAAACAGCCUGCAGGUGCCGUCCUUCACAGCUCUGUAUAGAUCUGCGCAGCAUCCUCACAUUCUGGGUAGCUACCUCCUUGAGAAGAAAGGAGCGUUCAGGCCAGUGGUACUGGUAGGUUUGGAAGGUUCCAUUUUACAGGGACAGGGGGGAGCUGAUGUGAAGUGAUGAGCUGCCUGUUCUGCUUACCCCCCCAGUGUUUCUGCUUGGUCUGUCUUGAAGAUGGAAAGUCUAUUUCUUGGUUGAGCUGAGCUGCUGCAUGCCAUUCUGGGAGGAGAUUGUUCAUCCACGCAGAGAGUGAUUUGUUCCGUGGUCAUGUCACUUUCAAAUGGAAAAGCUUCCUGUCUCUCAAGUCAAAAUCACUUCAGCUGGCAGGUAAUCAGUUAACCUCAGGGCUGGUCCAUUUGCUUACACAGGAGGAGUCAACUGGACUGAACCAUUAGGCAAUAGCUGCAGGGUUUUAUUUAUUGUUUUUAAUAUUUUGUAAACAAAAAAAAAAUGUAAUUGUGUUAAGAGUUUUAAAUAUUUGUGCUAGUUAACAUUUGGGAGGAAAAAAGGGAAAUGAGUGUAUAUAACCCUGCAAAUAUGAAUUCUGUAUUUCAAAUGUUUUAUUUGUGCAUACAGGUGCAGCUAAGUUUCAGUUACAGUACUAUUAAACUGCAGUCUAACGACAGCACCCUGCUUUUGUAAAAAGUCAUUUCUACAUCAUCUCGAUGCUUGCAAAAUGAAGCUGCAUGUUUUCCUUCUUAAUUUACCAAACAAGUACUGGAGCAGCCCAGAACACUAACCACAGAGCUGCUAAAUCCACUAUCUACACCGCAGCCCUGUGCUAUAACCACCUAUCUACUGGAGCAGCCCAGAACACUAACCACAGAGCUGCUAAAUCCACUAUCUACACUGCAGCCCUGUGCUAUAACCACUUAUCUACUGGAGCAGCCCAGUACACUAAUCACAGAGCUGCUAAACCCACCAUCUUGUGUCACUAUCAGGUUUGUACAAACAUGUACACUUUGUAGUUAUGAUAGAUGCUUUUCUUUUGCAAGUUGACAGCUUUAACCCUAUCCGACUGUUCCGUGGCCUUAAAUAUAUGCCUAUAAGACAUAGGAAAAACGACUGUGUUAUUGUGGCAGUGGUGUGAUUUCAGGGGUUCUUGUAUUUUGCAAGUUAGUUAAACUGAACAAUAUGCAAUAAAGGUUACAAAUAUAUAGGAUUUUGUGAUACAAUCUUGGAGUUUUUUUUUUUUUUUCUUCCAUCAAAACAGAUUAAAGUUUGGGUUAAAAUACUAUCUUCACCCCUAUUUAAUGAGACUGGAUUACCCUGGUGCAGAGCAUAUUUGCAGCACAUCCAGCGCUGAUUACAGCUGACUGAGUUUUUACAUACAGAUGGAAUUUGAUACCUCAGCCGUGGGUUCAUAAUCCAAACUAUUCAUAACCAUUGCAUAAACUGACCAAUCCUGCACCAUUGACGUCGAACUUCUAUUACCAUGAAUACAAUAAUAAUGCAUUCAAAUGUUCCAUAUGAAAAAUAAAACCAAUCUCAAUAUUGCAGAAAAUACUUUCAUGUUAAGGUGAAGGCCAGGUCGUAUGUGCUGGUGGUUAGUCUGUGUUUUCUGUAAAGCAAUGGCGAUGUGCUGUAGAACAGGGUGCAACCCCAGCAUGUCCCCACCUGGGCUCCCUCUUCAAAUGUGUAUAAUACUGUAGUUUAUAGAUUUUUUUUUUUAAUAAAUUAGUAUUAAAAGGAAGAACAAGGUUGUACUGUUUUUCUGCCAGACCCAACCAAGCAUGUAAAACCUUCCGUCUUCCCAAUAAUAAUCUGC